UGACGUCAAAGUCGUUAUAUCCAUCCCCCUCCACAUCAUCCCCCUCCUCCUCAUAUGGGCGCGGAGCUCCGAUCGGCUUAAACAUUAAACUGGCGGAACCCGGCCGCGCCAAUUACAAUUUUGCUCCCCUCUCUCUCUCACUUCAUCCACAAUCUGAGAGCGCUCCGAACAUCGGUUCGGGGCGAUGGACGACUUCUGUAGCGUGGACGGCUCCGAUCCCUUAUGGGACCGGAACCGCACGCUGGACACGCACACCCCGGACCUCACCGCGUGCUUCCAGAACACGGUGCUCGUGUGGAUCCCCUGCGCCUACCUCUGGGCCGCCGCUCCCCUCUACUACCUGCACCUGCGCCGACACAACCGCGGAUACAUCCAGUGCACGCACCUUAACCGCGCCAAGACCGUCAUCGCGGCGGUGCUGUGGCUCGUGUGCUGGACCGAGCUCUUCUACACCAUGUGGGAGCGCGACCAGGGGCGGCGGCGGCCGCCCGUGCUGCUCGUGAGCCCGCUCGUCAUGGGCGCCACCGUGCUGUUGGCGGCGCUGCUGGUGCAGCGUGAGCGGCUACGCGGCGUGCAGUCCUCGGGGGUGCUGCUCGUCUUCUGGCUGCUGGCGCUCGUGUGCGGCAUCGUGCCCUUCCGCUCCAAGAUCCUGGCUGUCGCGCGUGAGGAUCCCGACGUGGACCGGUUCCGAUACGCCACGUUCUACGUCUACUUCGUGCUGGUGUGCGUGCAGUUCGUGCUGUCCUGGUUUUCGGAUCGACCGCCCCUCUUCUCGCGCGUCAUCAAGGACCCCAAUCCGUGUCCGGAGAUCAGUGCCUCCUUCCUUUCUCGCCUCACCUUCUGGUGGUUCACCAGCUUGGCCAUCCUCGGUUACCAGAGGCCGCUCGAGUCAAAGGACCUGUGGUCGCUGAACCCCGAGGACAGGUCGGCCGUGAUGGUCCCGCGGCUCAUGCGCGAGUGGGAGCGGGAGUGCCGCCAGCACUCGCGGCCGCCCAGCGCCGCCAACGGGACGCCCGCCUCGUCCGGCAAACCUCUGCCGGAGACCGCGAACCAUGCGCCGGUCUCCGGCGCCGCCGCCGCCGCCGCCAAGGAGGCGGAGGAGACCCAGACGCUGAUGGGCCCCGGUGCCGCUAAGGACGGGCGCCGGCCGUCCCUGCUGCGGGCCCUGUGCCGUGCCUUCGGGCCCGCGUUCCUCCUGGGCUCCGUGUACAAGCUGGCACAGGACAUACUCACCUUCGUGUCGCCGCAGAUCCUCAGCCUGCUCAUUGGGUUCGUUCAGCACCGCGCGGCGCCCAUAUGGCAGGGCUACUUCCUGUCGCUGCUGCUCUUCGCCUGCGCCAUCCUGCAGAUGCUCAUCCUGCACCAGUAUUUCCACAUCUGCUUCCUCACUGGCAUGCACCUGCGCACCGCCAUCACGGGCGCCGUCUACCGCAAGGCGCUCGUGAUCACCACCGCGGCCAAGAAGAGCUCGACCGUGGGCGAGAUCGUGAACCUCAUGUCCGUGGACGCCCAGCGCUUCAUGGAUCUCACCACGUACCUCAACAUGGUGUGGUCGGCGCCCCUGCAGAUCAUCCUCGCCAUGUACUUCCUGUGGCAGAACUUGGGCGCGUCUGUGCUGGCCGGCGUGCUCGUGAUGGUGCUGCUCAUCCCCGUGAACGCGUUCAUCGCCGUCAAGACCAGGAGUCUGCAGGUGGAACAGAUGAAGUACAAGGACGCACGCAUCAAACUCAUGAACGAGAUCCUCAACGGGAUCAAGGUGCUAAAGCUGUAUGCCUGGGAGCCGUCCUUCCAGGACAUGGUGCUGGAGAUCAGGAACAAGGAGCUCCAGGUGCUGAAGAAGGCGGCGUACUUGAACGCCGUGUCCUCCUUCACCUGGGUCUGCGCACCCUUCCUGGUGGCGCUGACCACGUUUGGCGUCUACGUCAUGGUGGACGAGAACAACGUGCUGGACGCCAAGAAGGCGUUCGUGUCGCUCACGCUCUUCAACAUCCUGCGCUUUCCUCUCAACAUGCUGCCGCAGGUCAUCAGCAGCAUGGUGCAGGCGUCCGUGUCGCUCAACAGGUUGCAGAGUUUCCUGGCGAACGAGGAGCUGGACCCUCACAACGUCAUCCGCGACCGCAUGUCCGACGGAAACAGCAUCGUCGUGACGGAUGGGACGUUCGCCUGGGCCAAGCAGGAGCCACCCGUCCUGCAGAACGUGUCGCUGUCGGUGCCCACGGGCUCCCUGGUGGCCAUUGUGGGCCACGUCGGCUGUGGGAAAUCGUCGCUCGUGUCAGCCCUGCUCGGAGAGCUGGAGAAGAUCCAGGGGAUGGUGGCUGUCAAGGGCUCCGUGGCGCUGGUGUCGCAGCAGGCGUGGAUACAGAACGCCACGCUCCGGGACAACAUCAUCUUCGGGCAGCCCUUCGAGGAGGCCUGGUACCAGGAGGUGCUGGAAGCCUGCGCCCUGGGGCCCGACCUGGGCAUCCUGCCUGCCGGCGACCAGACUGAGAUAGGGGAGAAGGGUAUCAACCUUUCGGGCGGGCAGAAGCAGCGCGUGUCGCUGGCGCGCGCCGUCUACAGCAAGGUGUCCGUCUACCUGCUCGACGACCCGCUCUCCGCCGUGGACGCGCACGUCGGCCGCCACAUCUUCGACAAGGUCAUCGGGCCCAGCGGCAUCCUCAAGGGGCAGACGCGCGUGCUGGUGACGCACGGCCUGAGCUUCCUGCCGCAGGUGAACGACAUCGUGGUGCUGGUGGGCGGCAGCGUGUCGGAGCGGGGCUCCUACCAGCAGCUGCAGCAGCGCAACGGAGCCUUCGCCGAGUUCCUGCGCAGCUACGCACAGGCGGAGGAGGGGCCUGGGCGCGACGACAGCCGCUCCGUUUCCCUGGAAUCUAUCGAGGACAGAGAGGAAGCGGUACCAGCAAUGGAGCCCGAGUCACCCGUGGCUGGAGGAGCUAAGGGCGACUUGACGAGGCCGGCGGGCGGCGCCGAGACGGAGCUGAGGAAGAGGAAAGCGGACGGCACGGUGGCGGCGCUGCCCGGCGAGAAAAUCAUUCAGACGGAGACGGCGCAGACGGGAAGGGUGAAGCUGUCGGUGUUUUUGGAGUACAUGCGCUCGGUGGGGCUGCCGCUGUCGCUGGCCGUGGCGCUGCUCUACCUGACGCAGAACACGGCGGCCGUGGGCUCCAACGUGUGGCUCAGCGAGUGGGCCAACGACGCGGAGCUCAACGACACGAGCAGGCCGGGCACGGAGCUGCGCCUCGGCGUCUACGGGGCGCUCGGCGGGGCGCAGGGCCUGGCCGCGCUGCUCUCCUCGAUAGCGAUCAGCUUCGGCGGCGUGCUGGCGUCGCGCCACCUGCAUGACGCGAUGCUGCGCCGCGUGCUGCACUGCCCAGCCGCCUUCUUCGAGCGCACGCCGACCGGCGCGUUGGUGAACCGCUUCUCGCGCGACGUCCACACCGUGGACGAGACCAUCCCCGGCGUGGUCCGCAUGUUCCUGGGCACGCUGUGCAACGUCCUCGCCGUCUUCGCCGUCAUCCUGCUCGCCACGCCCGUCGCCGCGCUCGCCUUCCUGCCGCUCGGCGCCAUCUACUUCUUCGUGCAGCGGUUCUACGUGGCGUCAUCGCGCCAGCUGAAGCGGCUGGAAUCGGUGAGCCGCUCGCCCGUCUACUCGCACUUCGGGGAGACGGUGCUGGGCGCCGGCGUGAUCCGCGCGUACGGCGCGUGCGAGCGCUUCAUGCUGCUGAGCGACACCAAGGUGGACGAGAACCAGAAGAGCUACUACCCCACCAUCAUCUCCAACCGGUGGCUGGCGAUCCGCCUGGAGUUUGUGGGCAACUGCGUGGUGCUGUUUGCCGCGCUCUUUGCCGUUAUCUACCGCUCCACGCUCAGCCCGGGCCUCGUCGGCCUCUCCAUCUCCUACGCCCUGCAGGUGACGAUGUCGCUGAGCUGGAUGGUGCGCAUGUCCUCCGACCUGGAAACCAACAUCGUGGCCGUCGAGCGCAUCAAGGAGUACUCGGAGGAGACCACCGAGGCGGCGUGGGUGGUUGAGGAUCACCGCCCCCCGGCCGAGUGGCCCCACGAGGGCUGCGUGAAGUUCACCAACUACAGCGUUCGCUACCGCGAGGGCCUCGACCUCGUGCUCAAGAACCUCAGCUUCACCAUCCAGGGCGGAGAGAAGGUGGGAAUCGUCGGCCGCACUGGCGCCGGCAAGUCGUCGCUCACCUUGGGCCUCUUCCGCAUCAUCGAGCCGGCCGACGGCAGCAUCGCGAUCGACGGCGUCGACAUCAGCGCCAUCGGCCUGCAGGACUUGCGCUCUCGCAUCACCAUCAUCCCACAGGAUCCGGUGCUGUUCUCCGGGUCCCUACGCAUGAACCUGGACCCGUUUGGGAGGCACUCGGACGCGGACGUGUGGAGCGCGCUGGAGCUGUCGCACCUCAAGGCCUUCGUGCAGACGCUGCCCGACAAGCUCCAGCACGAGUGCAGCGAGGGCGGCGAGAACCUGAGUGUGGGGCAGAGGCAGCUGGUGUGCCUGGCGCGUGCGCUACUGCGCCGCACGCGCCUGCUGGUGCUCGACGAGGCGACGGCCGCCAUCGACCUGGAGACGGACGACCUCAUCCAGACGACGAUCCGCACGCAAUUCCAGGGCUGCACGGUGCUCACCAUCGCUCACCGCCUCAACACCAUCAUGGACUACACCCGGGUCAUCGUCUUGGACAAAGGUCAAAUAGCAGAGUUCGACUCCCCGACCAACCUCAUCGCCCGAAGAGGCAUCUUCCAAUCCAUGGCCCGGGACGCUGGGCUUGUGUGAGCGGCGGGGUCAGUUGGGUGUCCUCAACCCAACCUUCCACGAUGCACCUGGACCCAUUACCCGCCACCCACCCACCCCCCCCCCCGCACUGCCCCCCGCCCGAUCUGGGGGACAGCUGCUCAAGCAAUUUGGGUGUUCUCUCUACUGCGGACUGUCGUGGUCCCCACGGACGUGAUCACGCCGCAUUGGGGGGGGGGGGGGGACCUACCGUGUGCCGUUUGCUCAAGCGAGCGUGCGCGUGUUUUAGCUGGACGGAACACUGCCCACGUUCGCCCGUCUCUCGCACAAAUGCGGCCACUCCUCCGCUCGUGCUGUUACAAUUCUCACCUUCCGUAUUUCGUUUUAGUCUGUGCGAGUCGAUCGGUGUGUGUGUGUGUGCGCGCGCGUGUGUCACACUUUUUUUUUCGUUCUACAAGCCAAAAAAAAAAAAACCCGCACAAUGUGCGUGAAGCCGACACGACAGAAGUCCGUCAGAUCUCCGUGGUGUUGACAGCCCCCACCACCGCUGCCAUACUCCGUCACCCUCAAUUCACAGCAUUACUCGCCCCCCAGCGGUGGCGCUCCUCCGGCAUCGACGUUGAAAAACCAAAACGAGAGGUACAAUGACGGCUCGGCCCGGUCACGUGCGACUUGUGCGACGCGUUUGAACGCGCGGGCGACUUUCAUUUUACGUUGCUCGGCAAGUCCGACCGCUCUUCGGCGGAUCUCAUUCAGGGGGACAACGCAGCGAAGCCUUGCCACCACCCUCCCCUGCGCCCUCCCCAUCCAUGUGCUGACAAAACUUUACAUUGUGUUAUGUACUGCGUUGCUUUACUGCAUUGAACGGGGGACCCCCAUGGUGUUGGUGUUGGUGGGGGUGGGGUAGUGCUCUUUCCUGCAUGAUCAGGAAGCGCGGCAGUGUUUGUUUAGCAGGCCACACCCUGCUGAUGAAAUGCAAGAGACGUUGAAAUCUCUCCAGAGUUUGCCUGUAUAAAGCAUGUGCUGCUGAAAAACAUUGGCCUAGGAUAAGGCCAUUCAUUUUAGAUGCGUUUUUUUUCUACUUUACAGAUAAUAAUUUCUGUACGUGGCCAAAUACUUUACAAUGAUGUUAACACAGUGCGUUAACUGCUGUGCCACCACUCCACCCCCCCCCCCACAUGCCCUACUAUUGCACACAGAUCUAUGGCUGUGGACACUUGUUUUAGAAUCUUCUAAAAUGUCGUCUCGGGUGAUCCCCAGAAGGUGCGAUAGCCUGGGGUUGGGUAAUUGAACUACUCGCAGCGGAUGCUGUUUGACCUUCCUGACCUCCAUAUUAACUUGCCGAGUUCCAUAGCUACCUCCUGUUUGGCUCCCUCUAGCCUCACGCCAUUUUAAAGGCUGCCCCUCCCAUCCCAACAAUUCCGUCAGCCGUCAACAUUUCAGGGUUGCAAUUCGAUUGAAGAAAUCGAUUCCAUUCAUUUUAUCACAACAAUAAACUCGAUUUUCUACAGCGCAAUUCACACAAGGCCCCAAAGCGCAUUACACAAAGCUUACGUUACGGAGAAGGCCUGCGUGUACAACCAGGGGAGGUCUAAGACGCAACUUUAAAAAAGUAUAACAGACUCUCAAAUGGGCUGGGGGGGGGGGGUGAGCGAGUUCCACAAUCUGGCUGCAAAAAGCUCCGUCUCCCAUAGAGCAAAGCCUGGUCGCUGUGCAAUCGUGAUGAGUCGACCAGAAUCGGGAGAGCCAAGUCGGAAGUGUAACAACAAUAAUAAUAUACAUUACGCACGCAUGAAUACGCAUUGCAGCGAAUGUGGCAGCCCACUGGCGGCGGAUGCAUGCAUGGGUGGAUCGCGCGAACCUGCCGCAUUUGACACCGCAGCGCCCUCGGUAUUAUUCGAAAACGCUGCGAGGGCCCGGCUUGGAGUAGCGAUUAUAUUAUUGGCGUAAGAUACCACCACUUAGGUACGCCUUGUCCGUCGUAAAUCAUCUAUAAUUGUUGACUGUAAUCCUGUUAUAACAAAAUUGUGACCUAAAUGGGUAAAGAUUGAUGAGGCGUUCCGGAAAUAAUUCCUGGACUGUUCCGGCUGAAAUUCAGGGCACUGGUUAAAACAGGAAUUACAAAAAAAAGUCGUGAAUUGUUUUGCUUUAAAAAAAAUAAAUAUUGCCCCUUUUUAAUUUCUCCUACACUGAUAUCGAACCCAAGGUUCAUCGGGCCGGUGCUCUCCCAUACACAAGGGUCAAAGGUCAGAUCCAGGCAGCACCCUCCCCUCACCUCUUCCUGAGGCAAGACGCUAACCCUGGGGGGGAGGGGCAGUGGGAACCUCUGCUCAGCCGGCAACAACGCCGUUUGUUGAUUAUUUUGGUUGAAAGCAAAAACCAAAAUCGAACUUUCCGCCACUGCCCGUGUAAGGUGGUCACGGACGUGUGCGCGCGAUCUCACAAAUCAAAUCGGCCUUUCCUCCACCCGGGCAGGGGCCGCUGAUUUUCUCAGGAAAAAAAAGUACUGCAAUUUUCCCAAUGGUGGGCGGGGGGGGAGGGGAAACACCAAGCCCCCCCCCCCCCCCCCCCGACAGGUUCUCAUCGCUGGCUCUCACCGCCCUCUGUAAUUGUCAAAUGGCACUUUUUUGUUUUGUGUGCGUAAAAACUGCACGUGUCUACACCGCCCGCUUGUGUGCGGUGGCUUCGUCUGCGCGUCAUUUUUGUUUGUUGUUGAGCGGGGGUGGGGGGGGGGUCAUCCGAACGUUGCCAGACUUGGACACGAUCACGUGAGGGUCACAAUAGUUGGCGCUGGCAGAAGCGAAACGCCCAAAUCCCAUUCGCGAGUGCCACACAACCAUGUUGGUGGUGAUUAUAAUGAUGCUGCUGCCUGCGUUGGCAGCGGUGCGGCAGCGCGACCAACGACACUAAGCGCAUUCGUCAAUGGCGCUGCCUCAAAGGGAAAACGUGUAGAAUAAUAGGCGACGUUUUUAUUUUUUUUUGGGCAAUGACCGGUUCAUCAGCCGCCGUGAGCUUUGCCCGGAAUCGAUACUCUUCAGGCUUUCAGAUGGCCGGUUAGCCCCCUUUGGUUGUGUUGUAAACAAAACUCUUAACCCCUUUUUUGUAAAUUAUUGUUGCUCUUAACAUUCUCCAACGAUUAAAUUGUGACUUGUGCUACGAAGAAGGGACAUUGCCCGAAACGUUGUCUGUUAGAUUUUCUAUUAGGGCAGUGCUAUUAACCCCCCCCCCUCCCCCUCUUAAGUCAUGUUAGAAUUGCUUCAGAGUCGUUUUGCUUGGCAGCCCACACUCGUGCGACAGUGGAGCGUCCCGAACAGACACGAAUGGCCGCAUCCGAAUUGUGCUGCAUUGACCAGCACUUGGCUUAUCUCAAGAAGUUUUUUUCAGUGGCGUAUCGCCAUGUGGUCCCCAAAGCUCAUAAUUCAAACAUAAACCAACGCGCGCCAACCCACGCUUCAUGUACGCACUCGAGUUUGGGGUUGUUGUGUUUUUUUGUUUAGUCGAUUUCAGUGUCGCUAAUACCUCUCUCCACUACAACCGAGGAGCGCUGGGGCCGUGCCGAGCCAGCCCAGUGCCGUUCAGGAGGCGAGCCGUGCCGCCAACGUAACGCAACGAACUUCCCGAGAGACGCUCCCUUGGCCUUUGUGACCGGGGUGGUUCAGGACCGCCCUGCGGGUCGAGAAGGUGACGCGUUUGUAUUUAAGGCCUUUUGGGUCGCACGUUUAGUUAGAAUAUCGAGUUUUUAAAUAGCAAUAUUGCGGCUGUGACUGUACUUUAACUUUACGCGGCUGAAUGUAACGUAUACGUAUAUGUUAUUUUUUUUGGUUAUCGACAUUCUUAAACAUUCUAACUUGUAGACUUUAUAUAUUUAAAAAAAAAAGCACCCGACGUUCGAGAAACGGGCGUGAUGGGUCUCCGUCGGCGCUGGCAUCUCGCCCCCCCCCUCUGUGUUGCGUUUUUCUGGCAUCUACCAGCACGGACUUGUGGCGGCGACUUUGCCUUUUUAAGACGGACGGGGCGCCUCGUGGACUACCAACGACGCAUUUGGCGAUUGGCCACCAAAAAAAGUGGCCGCUUUGCGCCGUCGAAACGUCCACGGCUCUGUUUGUCCAACCAACAGUUGCUGCACGUGUCGGUGGGGUUUUUUGUUGUUGUUGUUGUUCCGUAUUAAAACAGUUUAUAUAAAA